AUGGCAGCGUCCAGCCGGGCCCAGGUGCUGCGGUUGUAUCGGGCUCUGCUGCGGGAGAGUCAGCGCUUCAGCAGCUACAACUACAGAAUGUAUGCCAUCAGAAGGAUAAGAGAUGCCUUCAGAGAAAACAAGAAUAUAAAGGAUUCCGAAAAAAUAGAAGAACUAGUGAAUAAGGCCAAAGCAAACCUAGAGAUUAUUCAUCGGCAGGUUACCAUUGGCCAACUGUAUUCCGCAGAGAAAUUGGUUAUUGAAAGUCCAGGAAACACAUAGCUCUGAGAAGACUCUGAUCUGAUCCUCAUGCAACACUGGACCAUCUUCAGCAUCCUACAGUGCCACAUACAGAUGCAUAAACUUACUGCACGUCUGAGCUUUUCUGUUCAACAUAAGAAAUGCCUGAGAGACUCAAGUUUUUUGCAACCAAAGUACUAUCUUGUAAUGGUUCACAUGUUCUGAAAUAUAUUGCUGUGAUUUGUAAUAGCAUGUAAGAGUGUUGAAAUCUGUGUGCUUGUGUGUCUUGUGAUGGAAUAGUCCCUGC